AAAGGAGAUACUUUUGGACCCGCCGAUUUUGUUUUCAAGUUUUGUCUUGUGAAAAAUGUUAAAAUGAUAAACACCAACGAUCUCUUAUCUUUUAAGACUUUUUAAAAUGGUAUAUAUCUAAUCCUUUGAUAUAUACUUCACUUUUUCUUUAUAUCUACGCAUACAGAAAAUUGAAACUGUGGACAGAUAACUUGCAGUUGCUACGAACGCUGUCUUAAAUCUGUGGCAUCCAAAUGGCUGACAAAAAGAAGAAAAAGAAGCGUUUAAUUGAAAAUGAGGAGGACAAAGAAGCAGGUGUCACUAAUCCAAGCAUGGAUGAAGAAGCAGAGGCAGCACAGCAUCAGAGUGGAGGGGAGUCGUCUGUGGAGCAGGUAGAUGAAACCCAUGAAGCAGAGUCUCUCAUCAAAGAUUUAAAGACAAAGCAUUUGAGCAAACAAAAAGAGCUUUCUAAAGUCAAGUCUCCAAAAGAAGAUCUUGCUAAAGAACUAAGAACCAUCAAGCAGCAGAGCAGAGAUAAGGUGGAUGAAACUAUCAGGCAGGAAGAGGCAGAGUUAUCUGCCACUGAAGAUGGAACUGUUCCCAUGCCAACCGAGGAAGAAGAACUGGGUGAGAGCCAACCAACAGAUUCCAUCGUCACUUUUGCAGAGACCACAACUGAGCUGGAAACAGAGGAGGCGGUAGUGAAGAAACUGAAGAGGAAAAAAGAAAAAGUGGAAGAGGAGGAAGUGUUACCACUGAAAGAUGAAGAUGAAGAGACCACAAAGAAGGAAGAGGCACCUCCCCCUCCAGAAACAGUCCCCCCAUCCCAAGAAGAGCCACCCAAACCACCGCCCCAGGAAGAUGUCAAAACACCCAGAGGUCUCAAGGCUAGCAUGAAAGCUAGACUCAGAAAAGCCAAGGAAGAGGCAGCUGCUGAAGCAGAGCAAGAACAGAAGGAAGAGGAGAAAAAAGAGCGGCAACUGAAACGUGACAAGGACAAGAAAAAGACACGCUUUGAUCAGCCUGAGGUUGAUGAGGCUGAGCUGGAAGAAAAAACCAGGGCUUUCAAAUCUCGACUGAAAAAAAAACAGCCUCUUGAAGAAAAGUUUCGAAUGGAGCUUAAAAGCAAGGGAGUUUUUAUGCCAACUGCUGAGGAGGCAUUUGAUUUCUUCACUCAUGACUUUGAGCCAGAACCAGAGGAGCCAAAGCCAGAAGUUGAGGAGAAGGAGGAAGAGGAGAAGGAAGAGGAAGAGGAGAAGAAGGAAGGGGAGAAGGAGGAGGGAGAGGAAGGUGAAGGGGAAGAGGAUAAGAAGAAAAAGAAGGAAAAAGAGGAAGAUGAAGUACCUUUAAUGGAGGACGUUGAUGAGGAAGGCUAUGGUUUUUAUGCUGUGAGGAAAGCUGAAUAUGAUGAUACGCCCGAGACUGCCAAAAAGGAGGCUGAAAAACUGUACUAUCCCUCUGUCACAUCAGUUAAUGCUGAAGAAAAGGCGAAGAUACUCCACGACAAGCAGCCCCGUUUCCUGGAAGAUGAGGGGUUCUAUGUCGGAACGCGACCCAAGAUAUCGGGCUGGAACGUCAACAAGAUGGAAAACAGGCUGAUCAAAGAACUUCAUAGAGAGAAGUGGUUUGGUGAGGAUGGGCGGAUGAUAGUCCUGCCUAACCCCCUUCGUCCCACCCCGUCAAGACCCCCCAUUCCGGAGGAACAGGAACCGGGUCUGGAAGUCCAGUACAGGAAGGCCAUCAUGCACGAGUUUGACAGCCGUUACAUCGACGGCUCCCUGGAUAAUGCAGGCUACUACCAGCUGGAUGUGGACAUCAACUCGCUGUCCUUCUCCCACCAUCACCUGUUCAGCAGAGAGCACGUGUUGGCGACCAGGCUGUCUCAGCUGUACGAGGAAUACAUGGACAGGCAGAAGAAAAACAUGGCCGAGUAUCUCUCUGAGAAGCUUAAAGCUCUGAAACUGUCAGCUGUUCAUUUGAAAGAUCACAUGGCAGCUAAAAAGUCAGAACAUAACUACGCAGAUCGAUCCAAUUUUCAAAAGAGGCUUCAAGACUACAAGGAUGAAAUAAGGAGAGCUAGAGCACUGAGAGACAAAGAGGAGAAGACAGACCGUCUGUUACUGAAGGCCAUCAUCAAAACCUGGAAGGACAUCAAACAGCAGAGGGAGAAACAAAACUUCAUCAACACGCCCCUCAAGCUGCAGGUCAUCACAGAGGAAACAAACAAAGAAUUUGACCUGACCCAGUGGAAGCUGGAGAUUGAGGAUGAGCUGGAAGAGAUGGAAGAGGAAGCCACAGAGAUUUACAACAGGAAAAAGGCAGAGUAUGAGGAGGCUUUAAAGAAGCAUGCAGAACAGGUCAAGGCAAAGGAGGAUGCGCGUGUACGGAUACAUAAAAGAAGCCGUAAACAGUCAACCAAAGGAUCCAGGGCCUCGUUAGGAUCCAAGGCCUCCAAACAUAGCGCUGAAAAUGAACCCAAUCCUGAGGAAGAAGCCAAAGAUCAAGAGAUUUUAAAUGAGCCAGAAAUCGAAAUUCCAGACAAACCAGAGGAGUUUAACAAGGAACAGGCUAGGAAAGACAUCAUUGCAAAAGCCAAGGAAAUUAGGAGGAGGCCGGGUGAACCCAAGCUGUACCCAGAGGUCACCAGUACUCAGCCAAUCACAGAGGCCAGUAAAUGUCCAAGAGGAGAACAGCAGAGGAGGAACGAUGUCAGUAAAUGUGAAAUGUUCCUUAAAGUUUUAUUUAACAACAAGGAGGUCUCGAGAACUUCAUCCAAACCUCUCACUCAGGAAUUUAAGUUAAAUUUUGGACAGAUAUUCAGUUUAAAGAUUGUACAGUGGCCUGAGAGUAUUACAUAUCAGGUGUAUGAGACGUCGGGCUUCGGGGGAGAGAUGAUAUGCGAGAUCAACUCCAGCAUCCCGGACUCCUCUGUGACCUCGCAGAGUGUACAGUUGGAGAACUUGGACUUCAGUAGCGACCACAGAGUCAAUCAUGGACAUGAAGGCGUGGGUAGUGGAGUACCUUUCUCCUUUGGAGCUAAGAAUGAAGGAACAGAGACUUUGUACACAACGGGUGAGCUGAGGUGUUCUGUGGCAUGGGCGAUCAAUGAGCAGGGGGAGCUUCUGGUCCCCCCCAGCACCCAGGAGCAGGGCAACAUGUUCUAUGCCAUGAGAAAGAUGGACCCUGUAACAGCAAUUGGAGCUGCAGGGGUGGUGGAUAUUCAGAAACUGGCCAAGUGGUUUGAGGACUCGCGACUGGAUCCAAAUGAUCCAGCCAAUGCAGACCUGGUGUACAUGUUAAAGUCAAAGGGAGGUGAGUCAGCGUUACUUGGACCAAAAGAAUUUUUCCGCCUGGAGCAGCUACAGGAGGAGUUUAACUUCUGUGAUGAUGAGGCUAUUGAUGAAAACAAGCGGUUUAGGCUGAUAUAUCUCAGAGACAGUGAAGUCACAGAAUUUAAAAACUAUAAAAUGAUUCCGCUCCUGGACAGAGACAUUCCCAGGGAUACAUUUGCGGAGUAUGAGAAAAAGAAAAGAGAGGAGGAGAAAUACAAAGAAGAGAAGGACAUUGAAUCUCACCGGGCGGCAGUGUCAAAGUUCAUGCAGAGGGUGAGGGAGCAGGUGAUAAGGAGAUUCCGCUUGCUGGCCCAUCAGAGAAGACUUGAAGACGUUAUCAACGAGGAAGCUGUUCCAAACAUAGCCCUGCUUGGAACAAGUGUACUGAAACUGACGGAGAGAAGGCGUCCACUACGAGUUGAGAGGAAGGAGAGAAAGAAGGUGGUGCCUCAGACCAUCGACAAUGUCAAGAUCCUGAUCAACAUAAACCGCGCGGUGUACGUCCCUCGGAGGGUGGCGGCCAGUCGAGGUGGUGCCAUGACAGCCCGGGAACCAGACAAGGCAGUAAAGAAUAUCGUAGGAGAGACUCAGGUGCAGCCCUUCAUUGAGGUCAUGUUCCAAGAUGUCUUCCUCCACACUGAGGUAGGCGAUGGUCCAAACCCCAGCUAUAACGAGGAACUUGAAAUGCCAUUCAAAGCUCCCAAUGAGGACUAUACCCCAGGAAAUCUACAGACUGUGACCGACAACAUUUACCUCAACCUGUUUGAUCAAGUGUUGAUUGACAUUCAAGAGGAUGAUAGACAGCGAGGGACGACGGUUCACCAGAGGAUCGAGAAGAAGUGGCUGGGAGGUCUCACCAUUCCUUUCUCCACCGUCUACUUCAAUGGAAAGAUUGAUGGCACGUUUAAGCUGAACAAGCCACCUGUUUUGCUAGGCUACACGCAAGGACCAGACGAGGAGGAGGGAACAUCUGUUAGAUCAAAUGAAGAAAACACCUAUCUCAGUGUGUUUAUGACCAUAGAACCCCCUCUGCAGCCCCCAGAGCCUAUGAGGGAGAGGUUUGCUACAACAGAGGAUGAGAAACUUCUUCAAUAUGCUGAUAACUGGGAGAAGACUUUGAAUGCAAAGUUUAGUGACAGGGAGUACAAGACAACUGUCAUUGAUGUUAAUGGUAAAACAGUCUUUGUCACACGGUACUUCAAAGCUCUGGAACCGCCCCCUGAUAUAUUUGGAAGUUCAGAUACAGAAGUGAAGAAAAUGGAGGUGGUCGCCCGCUAUGUGUCUAUGAUUCCAUCUGUGUCGGACAGCGUUGUGUUCCCAGGUCUCUGUGACAUCUGGAGCACCUGUGAUCAAUUCCUACAAAUGAUGGCCGGGGAUGAGGAGGAGCAUGCAGUCUUGUUGGCCAACUACUUCCUCUACAUGAAGAAGAUUACUUGGCUCAUCAUUGGAAAGGGAAUCCCAGAGGGUCCCACUGCAUAUGUGAUGACGGAGCAAGAGAACGACUAUUGGAUCUGGAAUGCUGGGACAGGCGAACACUUCAGUUACCGGGACAGCUACUGCCCCCUACAGUCCAUCAGCUGUCUGAUCAAUGCAGAAAACAUAUGGGCCAAUACUCAACAAUAUGAGAAACCAGCACAAAUGAACUUUGACCUUUCCCAGGGUGCCUCGUGGAGGUCAUUUUUCACCCGCAGCUUUCCAAACACAGGGAUCGCUAGCUAUCAGCCAGAGAGACUGUACUAUAAACCCACAAACAAGAACGCUGUCCUUGACCUUCAGGAGAAGAUAGAGACACUGCUGAAGAACAAGAUAAUGGAGUGGAGGAGUCGGCUGAUCACGCGCUGGAACAGGCACUGUACGCAGAUCAUGAGGAAGCUCCUCCCCGUUUUGGAAGAAAACCUAGGACAUAGUCCUGGGGAGCAGCACUUGGCAGAGCUGGAGAGUACGUUUUCCGCGUACAAAGUUUCAGGAUUUCCCAUCAACAUGCCGUACAAUGAGAUCAACCCAAUCGUGGAUGCGGUGUUCUCCACACGAGUACAUGCCCACGACACCAGUGAUGUGGAGUUUGCUCUGGCCGUCUACAUCCACCCUUACCCCAAUGAUGUGCUGUCUGUGUGGGUCUAUGUGGCCUCCCUGAUCAGGAGUCGAUGAGUGGCCCCCAAGACAUUGAGAACUUGAAAUAUCAAACUGUGAUACAUGCAUAUCAAAGAUUUAGCGCUUUUAUUUAUUUAAUUUAAUCAUGAGAGAAUGUGUAUUUUAGUGCAUACUUUAUUAAUGGUUCUUUCAUUUCCGUCCAGUGAUAUUUGUUUUAGAUCGUGAACAAAUGUGAUAAAUUCGUGAAUAAAUAGAAGAGAUCCGUG